AUGUCGCAUCACCAAUACCCUCCCCAGGGCGGCUACCCGCCCCAAGGUUACCCUCCUCCCCAGCAGUACGGCGCUCCCGGUUACCCUCCCCCGCAGCAGCAGUACGGUGCUCCCCAGGGCUACCCGCCCCAGCAGCAGCAGCAGUAUGGUGCUCCACCCGGCCAGUAUCCGCCUCAACAGCAUGGUUACAGCGCGCCUCCCCCUGGCCAGUAUGGAGCUCCCCCGCCAGGACCCCCGCCCGGACAGUAUGGCGCCCCGCCACCGGGACAGUACGGAGCGCCGCCUGUGCAACACUACGGCGGCGGUCCGCCCACACCUCCGUCGCUAGGAUAUUCUAGCCAGAUGCCUUACGUCGAUACAAAUAUGGAAGCUGAAGCCCUGCGCAAAGCAAUGAAGGGCUUCGGCACAGACGAAAAGGCCGUAAUCCGCGUAAUUUCAAAGUUGGACCCCGUGCAGAUUUAUUCGGUCCGUCAGACGUAUAACCAGCGCUUCAUGAGGGACCUGCAGCGCGAUCUGGAAAAGGAGACGAGCGGCGACUUUAGAGACGCGCUCCUGGCCGUUGCUCGCGGCCCGCUCCAGCAGGAUUGCCACACGUUGUACCACGCCAUGAAGGGCAUGGGAACUAAGGAGUCGGAUCUGAACGACGUCCUCUGCGGCCGUAGCAAUGCCGACAUUCACGCCAUCAGGCAAGAGUACAGGAAGAUGUUUAAUAAGGACCUGGAGGCCGAUCUCCGCGGCGAUCUGUCUGCAGGCACCGAGACUCUGUUUGUGAUGCUCGCAGCCGGCACUCGGCACGAGGAAUCGACUCCGGUCAUUCCUCAGAACAUCGAGCAAGCCGCCACGGAGCUCCAGAAUUCUAUGGGAACCGGGCCAAUCGGCUUGAACAAGAAUGCCAUCCAUACCUGCCAGGUCCUUACUCAGCUGUCGGACAACGAGCUGCGCGCUGUCUCCGAGGCGUACCAGCGCCGCUACCACCAGUCACUUACCAAGGCCAUCGAAUCCAAAUUCUCUGGCCACAUGAAGGACGCCCUUCAUCUGACCCUCGUCCGUGCUCUCAACAGGCCGAUGGCGGAGGCCGAGCUUCUGGAGGAUGCUAUGGCGGGUGCUGGCACUCACGACAGGCACCUGAUUGAUCGCGUUGUGAGGGUGCACUGGGAUCGCGGCUUCAAGGAGGCUGUCAAGCAGGCUUAUAGGGCGAAGUACGGAAAGGACCUCAGGAAGCGGAUCGAGGGCGAGACGAGAGGUGAUUACGAGAGACUUCUCGUUGCUAUGAUCGAGUAA